CUCCUGUCCCUGGUGGCCUUCGUCCUGGAGGAGACGGUCAGCACCUGUCUCAGGUGUUCUCCUCUCUACUUCUUUGAGUUUGUGAGCUGCACAGCCUUCCUCUUCACCUGCCUGCUCCUCAUCCUCCUGACCACCAGGCUGCACCAGAGGGUCGGCAUCAGCUGCUGGCCCAAAGUGGACUUCAUCUACACCUCCAUCAUCGCGCUCCUCUUCCUCAUCUCCUCCAUCGUCUUCGGAGCUGAGAACAGCAAAACCAGUGUGGAGAUCGUAGCUGUGGUCUUUGGGAUCCUGUCCUGCUUCGUCUUCGUUGUGGACCUGGUGUUCUUCUACAGAACAAACGGGUUCCCCUUCAAAAAGGACCAGAACCCAGAAGCCAGGAACGGGGUUCCGGCCCAGGCGGAGCAGCAGAGACUGAACACCCCUGUGAAUACGGCUGAUUAGGGCUCAGGUGAUUUACCUGUGGACAGGUGGGCGGAGCUUCAGCUGCGUUCUUUUUAUUUUUUCUGUCUGUAAAUGUCAUCGAUCAUCUUUUAAUCAUCAAAGUUUGAGUUCAGGUUUUUAUUUCAGCAGCUGCAGACACUAAACCUACAGACCUCUACAUGUUUCAGGUAAACAGGAAGUCACAACGUUCAUCACUUUAAAGAUUUCUAUUAAACGUUUAAAGAUCAACAACUGUUCACUUAUUUUUACAAACAGCCUGAGAUUUAAAGAACUUUGUUCUUUUAUUUUGUAUUUAAUUACUGUAAUUUCCUGAAAUUGAGGGUUUUUUGAAGUUUUGAAGUUUGUUGAAGCGGAGCUGGAGAAUCCAGAGGACAGAGUUAGAGUUUGUGUUUUCCUGCAGUGCCUGAACGCAUCAUGUCUGAAGGUUCUGCUGCUCGGUUCUUCUCAGAACCUGGAACUUUUUCUGCUUUGUUUUAUUUUAAAUUGAAAAGUGACUCUGAAUGUCCAGCUGUUUUAUUUUGAAGGGUUGCAGUUCUUCCUGUGAGUUCCCCCUCAGUUCUCACACUCUGCAGCUUUAAACGGUUUCUUUUGAAGUUGUUUUUAUAUUGAGAUCAAUCAGUUUUAUACUUUGAUGUUUUUUCUUCAGGACCUUCUUGGUUCUGGUUCUGUUCGUCUGUCAGAUGGAGGAACCAUGCUGUUACUGAACCACUGAAAGGUUCUGCCUUACUGAACCAGACCAGAACCACUGACCCCAGUGGGUUCUGGUAAAUCCUGAUGGUCAAAGUUAGACCAUCAGAACCGGUCCUUUGUUCUCAGAUGAUCCGGUCCCAUCUGGACAGAAACAGAACUUCUUGGAUCGGGUCCAGAAUGCAGAUGGGUCAGAACCUUAAAGACAUCUGAUCCACUUCUGGACUGAUCCAGAACUCUGGUUCAGUUCUCUGACAGUGAUGCAUUCUGGGAGUUUGGACCUGGUUUCAGAUGGAAGGAUUUCUGUAAACUGGGUAAGGUCCAGUUCUGGACCCGUCCUCAGAGACGUGAGCUGGACCUCCAGAACCACAGAAAAGAUUUUAUAAUGAUGUUUUUCUGACAAUCAAACAGCUGAUGAAAUAUUUUACUGACAGAGAACAGAACUCUGUUUGUGUCUUUAUGAAUAAAGUUUGUCCAAAUAAACACGUCUUCAGCCCUU